AUUCACAUUUGUCGAUAUAUCGGUGAAGUUUUGAUCCUUGCAAAUAUUUCACCAUGUAUAAGUAUUUCUAUAUAUUAGUCCUUUGCUUGUUAGCUGGUAGUGGGGAAGGAAAGACUGGUUCAGGAGACUCAUGCUCCUCUGCAGAUGGGUGUGAGUCAAACGAAAUUUGCUACGGUUAUGACUCUGGAAGCUGUUAUUGUCCUUAUGGCUUUAAGGGGGACGACUGCAAGGAACCGGAUACAAGCCUUAUUGACGAGAAGUGUGACCUACCCGCCGAUCCAGGGGUAGAUGCCCGGAAAUUCCCCCCAGAAUGUUCAAAUGAAAAUUUGCCAAAAGAUCACGAGAUUUGUUGUUCAACUGUGUGGAGACAACAAUGUUAUAUUAAACCGGAACUUAAGUGUACAACAACUAAUGAUUGUAAAGCGAAUCAGGUAUGUUUUAAAAUUGAUGUGGAAGAAUAUAUGUGCACGUGCGCGUUAGGAUUUGGAGGCGAGGAUUGCAUGGAACACAAAGAUAUAGAUGAACGAUGUCCAUUACCGAAUGAUAUCAUUGAUGUUUGUGAAAGUCCUAACACUGAAGAAUGCACAGAACCGGGCGAUUGUCCAUCAAAACACAUAUGCUGUGUAGCACCGGACGCCUGUUCGACCACUUGCUUACCGUUAGGAUGUGAAAAUGCCGUAGAACUGAAAACAUGUACGGACCAGAAUAAACUAUGCAUAAAUGACGACUCUAACGAUGGUUUCAGUUGCUUAUGCCCACAAGGAUAUGUCGGUACCAUGUGUGAAACAGCAUUGCUCGAUGAACAAUGCGAGUUUCCGGAAGUUACUGGCGAUACAUGCCUUGAAUUAAAUCCAACAUGUGCAGAAAAUAAAGAUUGCGAAGGAGAUAAUAUCUGCUGUUCAACAGGAUGCGGAACUCAAUGCGUACCCCCAGAUUCACCUCCCCGCAAGACAUUAGAUCCUAUGUUACUUGCCAUUCUGGCCAUGUCAAACGGUGGGCGUCAAACUCCCGUAGUUUCUCCACCAUAUGCACCUUAUUGCCCACCGAACCUAUGCAGUCAACUAGUUUGUCCCAAAAAUGUGGGCGCAAGAUGUCAACCGAUCCCAGGACAAUGUGAUGUGCAUUUUUAUGACCAAUACACCAAUCAGAUGAUUACGCAGUAUUGUCGGUGCGACGGAGGUGUGCAAGAAUACAGUUCUUGUUUUGCCAACAUUUGUUCUGACAUCUAUGGCAGGCCAUUGGUGUGUCGCGGAAAUCCCAACGCAAGAUGUCGCGUAACAAGAUGUGGAUCCUGCAUGGCAUAUUGGAUCGAUGAACGUACAGGACAACGCGUUCAGUGUAACUAA